CAACGACCCUGCAGCUCGUUACACUAUUAGGGUGCGCAAUAGGAGCUUGGAGCGUGUCGACGGCAAUGCUUCUCCAAAUCAUCGUCUCUUUGAAAUCGACAUUGCCGCUUUCCCCCCCCUAAAACUCAAUCGAAACAAAGAUCUAAAUACAGAGUUGCACAUUUGUCGCCCUCAACCACAUUCUUCGAUGGAGCGGUUGCUGCAAGUAGGCCACGACCACCGGUAAGGUUGCUGCAUCGCGGUUGGACCUGGGACCGGGAGCCAUGUUGGAGGCUUGGAGCUAAAGGGGAUUGUUGCACUGUAGGAAAGCUGGAGAGAGGGCUGGGGAAGGGGAUGGGGCUAUGACUGGGGGCAUGGGGUUGGGGAGGGGGCUAUGGCUAGGCUAGGUAGGGGAUGGGGAUGGCCGGGAAGGUGAGGAGGCUAGAAAGGGUGUUGGACAGUUGACGGUUAUUACGUAGUAGUUAAUACGGCUUGUGGUCUAGGGCUUUUGCUUUGUCGUUGAUGGCAAGGAGGAAGUACGGAUUCAUUGAUGGAACCAUCAAGAAGCCUACUGAUGCGUCAAAGCUUCCGGAUUUGGACACUGUAAACUCAAUGAUUGUAUCUUGGAUCCUGCGGAGCAUUGAACCGACCGUAGCCGCAUCUAUACCCUUCCAUGAAGAAGGUCAUUCGAUGUGGCUAUAUCUUGAGACUAGGUUUUGGGUUGCCAAUGAACCACGUCUACAACAGCUACGUACGUCUAUUAUUACCGAUUGCAAACAGACCAAGGGGAUGUCCGUUGAAACAUACUUUGCUACUCUUAUGAGUCCCUAUGACGAGUUGAAUCGCCUUAAGCCGUUACAUGUGUGCACAUGUGGGCUUUGUACUUGUGGAGUUGUUUAGAGGUUUGCGGCUGACAAGGAAGAGGAACAAUUGCAUCAAUUCUUAAUUGGAAUUGACGAUGAAGUCUUCGGGACGGCACAUUCAAAUCUUCUCUAUCUCUCAAGUACCUCUGCCCGAUAUUAAUCGCGCAUGUCAGGGUUUUCUCCAAGAGGAACGUUCUCGCGCCAUUGUUCGUGACAAGAGCCAAGCUACAGACAUACAGGCCUUGCUCUUUGAGGUGAAUGUCCCAUAGGACGCUUGGAGAAGGCAGAACGCAGCAAGCAAUCUUGUUCACAUUGCAAGCAGAAAAGUCACGAGAUCAGUACAUGUUUUAAAUUACACGGUUACCCAGAAUGGUGGGAAGACCGAAACCGCAACAAAGGGGGAACUCCGUCUGGAACCAGUGCUACGCCAGACCGGAAUUCAAAGGGGGCUGUCCGUGCACAUGCUGUAGCAGCAUCACCCGCAGAUGAGGUUGUCGUGCUUACUUCCAGUAAUGUGAAUCAACUGCCCAUGUUGACCAAAGAACAGGUUGAAGUGCUUUUGAAUAUGAUUAAUAGCGAAACAUGUUCGUGUAAUCGCAUGACUGGACCUACACCCGAGGAACCUGAUUGGAUCCGGUGAGAGACGGGAUGGGCUGUUCUAUUUCAGGGGUGUACCGACUGUUCAUGCCAUUAUAGAGCGUGAAUUGAUGAACUUCGAAUUGUGGCGUCGUCGUCUGGGGAAUCCGUCAGAUAGAGUGGUCAAGUUAGUACCUGGGGUUAGUUCUAGUGUUUUUUGUAAGAAAUUAAAUAAAGCUCGUGCGGUUUGUCCACAAGCAAAACAAGUUCGUGAUUCUUUUCCUAUCAGUCACAAAUACUCUGGACAAUUCCCAAAUAGGUUCACGAUUGAUUUAAUCAGAUCCCGGGUAGAAGUCAUUGCAUCUUGUCCAACAAUGCAUGAUUGAACCCUACCCAAGACCACUCACUUGUCUCCCAACAGACGGGUGUUUAAUCAUACUUCACGGGGAACCGCAUCUCUCAUUACUGUCUCCUUCCGAGACAAGUGAUACUGACUACACUUGCCUCAGCCCCAUGCCACUGAACUUUCAUUGAUCACAUCAUGUCUAGUUACUCACUCCCAAAUGUUUUGAAAUUUUCUAGGACACGAACGCACUUUUUGAGUCAGUUGCAGGUCUACAUGACCCGUGAGAACUUCCAUAGGGCUCAUCUAUUGCAGAUGUAGACCAAUGAUUGGAAGGAAGUCCUCCUAUUGCAACAUAAGAAUCACCAACAUUUUCAGGUUAUCGUUUCAGAGUGUAUCUCUAUAGUCAUGAUAACGGGCGUCUACACGACCCCGGGGGGGCUACAUUAUCUUUGCUGACCUUUAUGGUCAUGCCAUAACAACCAGAGUGACAUCUUUUCACAUGUUUCACAAUGACUGGUUGGAAGUCCUGUUAGAGCUUAAUAAUGCUUCUAUCAUUAUAUACAGGUCACACAUCGAUGUUUACAUUGAUGUUGUGUUAACGGUACACAUCAGUGUAUCCGGUUUUUGCAUUUCAACACUCUGCUUGUUUUUCCUGUUUUAUUUCCGCAGAAUAAAAGAAUAAAGGCAUGACGCCCCGAUUCAUUAGACCAUCAUGAGGGGGAGAAUGUUCCACAUGUUUUUAAGUCUCAAAAAUCAUUCUCGGACACUUCUCUCUUCCAACACUUUCUCUACUAUCUCUAUCAAAAGCUCCAAAUGGUCAGCUACGCUCACAAGUCAACCAUCAUUUUCCGUUGUGCCACCGACAAGGUUUCCUCAAACACAAUAAUUUCAAAUAGUCAAAAAGACUACAUUAUGGUGGAGACAAAGGUCAGAUACUCGCGUACUGGAGAUGAAUCCCGUGUGAGCCUGGAAAUCAUUAGAACUAUCAUUCUAGAGGCACCACUGGACUUCAUUGAAGCUGAUCAAGAGCAACUUCUUGAAGGCAAGGUUUACAAGCAAGCCAAAGGAAGACUCCUCAGCCUCCGGCAUCAAAGAUCAAAUUGCCAAGAAGACAUCAAAUGGGAUAUUGCAAGGAUGUCUUCGGAAAGCCUUCUCAAGAAGUCAAGCUCAACGACAAAGGAAGUUGAGCUGCACUGAAAGACAAAGAUAUUCACGGUACAAUGUUGAUUCAACACGAUUGAACACCAAGGGGGAGAUUGUUGAGAAUAUUUUAAUGGUGUCCAAUCUGGUUAAAUAUCUUUGUAUUUGUGUAGUUAUUAAUUAAACGUGUAAUACGGGCCACAAAUGUGUAUCAGCUUGUUUGCUUCUUUGAAAUCCAUAAGUUACCCAUCCUCUCCUA